CCCGGGUCGGUGAGGCGGGCCGCACGUGUGUUCCUCGGUUUCCUCGGUUCGCGAUGGUGGACGGGCCUUCUAGGGCGUGAUGGCGGUAAGGGCCGCCCUUCUGGUGACUGCCGUGACGCUUCUCACACCCGCAAGAGCCAACCCCGACGCCAAGAGGCUCUACGAUGAUCUCCUCUCCAACUACAACAGGCUUAUCAGACCCGUCAGCAACAAUACAGACACGGUCCUGGUCAAGCUCGGCCUGCGGCUCAGCCAGCUGAUAGAUCUGAACUUGAAAGACCAGAUUCUAACAACCAAUGUUUGGCUGGAACAUGAGUGGCAGGAUCACAAGUUCCGGUGGGACCCGGCGGAGUACGGCGGUGUCACGGAGCUCUACGUGCCCUCUGAACAUAUCUGGUUGCCGGACAUUGUGCUGUACAACAAUGCUGACGGCGAGUACGUAGUGACAACUAUGACCAAGGCUGUUCUACACCACACCGGCAAGGUACUCUGGACUCCACCCGCCAUCUUCAAGUCAUCCUGCGAGAUAGACGUGCGGUACUUCCCCUUCGACCAGCAGACCUGCUUCAUGAAGUUCGGCUCCUGGAGCUAUGACGGUGACCAGAUCGACUUGAAACAUAUCAAUCAAAAGCUGGGAGAGGACAAGGUAGAAGUCGGUAUCGAUCUGAGGGAAUACUACCCAAGUGUGGAAUGGGAUAUCUUGGGCGUGCCGGCAGAGAGGCAUGAGAAGUACUAUCCUUGCUGCAAUGAGCCGUAUCCAGAUAUUUUCUUCAACAUAACACUGCGCAGAAAGACUCUCUUCUAUACGGUAAAUCUGAUAGUUCCCUGUGUGGGGAUCUCGUACCUCUCGGUGCUAGUCUUCUACCUGCCGGCCGACUCCGGGGAGAAGAUCGCUCUCUGCAUCACCAUCCUCCUCUCGCAGACCAUGUUCUUCCUGCUGAUCUCAGAGAUCAUCCCUUCCACCUCGCUCGCACUGCCGUUGCUGGGCAAGUACCUGCUCUUCACCAUGCUGCUGGUGGGGCUCUGCGUCGUCAUCACCAUCAUGGUGCUCAACGUCCACUACAGGAAGCCGAGCACUCACAAGAUGGCGUCUUGGGUGAAGAAGAUCUUCAUCCGGAAGUUACCCAAACUUUUGCUCAUGCGUGUGCCUGACCAGCUUCUCGCUGAUCUGGCGCACAACAAGCGCGUCCAUCGCGACAACAAGAGGUCAAGGUUAAACGCUGCCAUUGCCGCCGCCAACUCCUCAGGGGCCUCGUCUCCUGACUCACUUAGACACUUCCCGCCCAGACCGGGGGGCUGCAACGGUCUCCAUACUUCGUCCGCGACCAACAGGUUCAGCGGACUUAUAGGAGCCCUGGGUGGACCGGGGUACAACGGACUGCCGUCCAUGGUCGGUCUGGACGACAGCAUCAGCGAUGUCGCCAUCAGGAAGAAGUACCCCUUCGAGUUGGAGAAGGCCAUCCAUAACGUGAAGUUCAUCCAGCAUCACAUGCAGAGACAGGACGAAUUUGACGCGGAGGACCAAGACUGGGGAUUUGUUGCGAUGGUCCUGGACCGCCUCUUCCUCUGGAUCUUCACGAUCGCUUCUUUCUUAGGCACGAUUCUAAUCCUGUGCGAGGCUCCCGCGCUGUACGAUGACACCCAACCCAUAGACGUCGAGAUCUCUCGAGUCUAUCGCAGGCAAUAUUUGCCCGAACUGGAUAUAAACUCCAAACUAUAAACGUAAAGUGUAGUGAUUCUGUCCACAAAACGUUGCAAAAUAACUGUUAAAAGUGUCCUAAAAACAAUAUUUUAUAUGAAUAAAGUUCUUUUACGGUUGUUAAAUAAUAAUAUGCUACUCGGUAAAACUAAAAUGCCAAGACGAGGAAGCGUGCCAAGCUCAGCUGUAAAACAAGUCGGUAGUUAAGGUAAGGUAUAAUUAAACUGUGUAGUGUAAACUAAUUUAACUGUAAUUUAUACCUUGUGAUCUGCAACAAGCAAAUGAAAAGUGGAUGUCGUGAUAUAAACAAUUUAAUAAAACUAAAGCACUGAUAACUUUUGAAACUAAUGCAAUUCACAUUUCCUAGGUUGUCUGAAAAACAUGAAACUAAACCAUAUGAUUAAAGCUGUACAGCGUGCUAAAAUAACUACAUAGUUGUCAAUAAAUUAUUUGUGAAUUUAAUUCACAACAUUAAUUUAAGUUUGUAAUAUAAUAAAUAAACUAUAACUAAUGGUAGUGUGCAAGUCUGAGUAUCCAGACGAUUAGAAGAGGGCUUGCAUGACUGUGGAAUGGAACGCACCUUUCAGCCGCUGCACCUUUCCAUACGACAUUUAUGUUUUCCAUUAUGUGUUUUAAAGCGAUCAAGAACAUGGAAUUGCUCACCUUAAUGGUAAGUUCACCUCACCUAUUCACUAUUCAUCAUUGACUACAAUGCCUUCAUUACAAUAAAUAUGCCUUUCUGCCAGAGAGCUAUCAAUUAAGUAUUAUAAAAAGCUCUAAAAAGAGACAAUUUGAUACUUUCAAAUUCAUCAUCCAUGUAUUUUAAAUAUAUUCCAUAAAUAUAAAAAGAUGUACCUUUUGAAAACAAUGGUAUAUUACUUGGAUGUGUACAUUCAAUAUUUUAAAUAUAAAGACCACUAGUAAUAUAUUUUAGUUUUAUGAAGAAAGUUUGGGUUAUCCUGUUUUCCCUGUGAAGUGAAGUAUUGAGGUUAGGGAAAAUUCAAAUAAAAGUUUACUACGAAGUAAGAAGUGUUGAAUAUAAUCACUUGAACAGUCAAGGAAAAAUAUAUAAUUUAAUUGCAUAUAUUUACUUAAAACAACACAAUUUCUUAAAUAGAUUUGUUUUUCUACCACUUUCUAUUUUAAUUUCAAUAACUCAAUGUUUUGGAGUAUUUUUUAGUCUUUUACAAAUAUUAAAGAAAGUGGAAUUUCAAUUGGUGCUGUGCACAAAAGUUUCAUAUCAUGACAUUAUACACACUGUUUUGGCUAAAGUAGCCUUUUAAAUAGCUUUUACCAUUUAAUUCCAUUGCCAUUUUACAGGUAAUUAUUUUUGUGCAGCAGUGAGACUAAUCUUGAGUGAUUUUCGAUUGUAGGAAGACCAAGAUUGGGGCUUCGUCGCAAUGGUCUUGGACCGCCUCUUCCUGUGGAUCUUCACUAUCGCCUCCAUCGUGGGUACUUUCACGAUCCUCACAGAAGCCCCUUCCCUGUACGAUGACACUCAGCCUAUCGACGUCAAG